CGCUGUCUGUCGUCAACACACGUGUGUGGCCAACAAUUCUCUCCUCUGGAUUCUGGAUUACGUUACUGUAUAUGUCAAAUUUUCUUUUGGAGCGAUCACACAAUUUUAAACAUGCCGAAGGUUCGAGCAGAGAAGAAAACUAGGCAGCAUCAAGAGGUCAAAAAUCAAGGGAUCAUGUUCAAUACGGGCAUUGGUCAGCACAUCUUGAAAAACCCUUUGGUAGUCAAUGGAAUCAUCGAAAAGGCAGCUCUAAGGCCGACAGAUGUGGUGUUGGAGGUGGGGCCUGGAACUGGGAACAUGACUGUUAAACUACUGGAGAAAGCAAAAAAGGUGGUAGCGUGUGAGUUGGAUGGGAGGCUGGUGGCAGAGCUUCAGAAGAGGGUACAGUGCACACCUAUGCAAACCAAACUACAGAUAUUGGUGGGCGACGUCCUAAAAACAGAGCUUCCUUUCUUCGACGUAUGUGUGGCCAACUUGCCUUAUCAGAUUUCGUCACCUUUUGUUUUCAAGCUGCUGCUGCAUAGGCCAUUUUUCAGGUGUGCAGUGCUGAUGUUCCAGAGGGAGUUUGCCAUGCGUCUGGUUGCCAAACCAGGAGACAAGCUUUACUGCAGACUAUCCAUCAACACCCAGCUUCUGGCACGUGUUGAUCACUUAAUGAAGGUAGGGAAGAAUAAUUUUAGACCCCCUCCAAAAGUGGAAUCAAGUGUUGUUCGAAUAGAGCCCAAGAACCCCCCUCCUCCUGUCAACUUCCAGGAAUGGGAUGGCCUUGUCAGAAUUGCAUUUGUGAGGAAAAACAAAACACUCAAUGCAGCUUUCAAGUCCACAGCAGUUGAGCAGCUGCUUGAGAAGAACUACAAGAUCCAUUGUUCUGUACAAAACGUGGAAAUCCCAGCCGACUUCAGCAUCACUAAGAAGAUUGAGAGUGUCCUGCAGGUGGCAGAGUUCAGUGAGAAGAGAGCCAGGUCCAUGGAUAUAGACGACUUCAUGGUACUUCUCCAUGCUUUCAACUCAGCUGGAAUUCAUUUCUCAUAACCGGCUGAAGACGCAAGACCAUACAAAGCCAUCCUGAGUCAAAUGGAACAAUCAUUCUUUUUCUUAUUGGACAGAUGAGUUUGAGAUAGAAUGACCCACCUGCCUUAGAACCCUACGUGGUACCUUAUGUAAAAGAAGCUGUCAAUGAAUUAAGAGGCGUGAUCUAGGCGUAGAUUAAAUGUACAUAUGUAAUAGAUAAGAGGCAAUGUGUACAGCUGUGCUAUGAAGUGAUACAGGUAUAUGGUCAGUGUGAUGACAGUUACAGAUUGAAUAUCCCUUCCUGCUGUCUGGGUCGGAGAACCUGAGUCUAAAUAGCUUUUGGGGACUGUGACUCGGGAAGUGAAGUGUCAAAUGGCAUUUUUACAUGCAGUGAACUGUGAUGCAUGUAAUUGCUUAACCUGUAUCAGAGACACAUGUUUAUUAAAAGACCCUGGGUUGAUAAUCCAUUUCUAUAAAAUGUAACAUUCAUUAAGUCAACCUUUAACUGGUGCAGAUGGCAAAAGAAGACAAACAUUAAGCCAGGGUCUUAUCUCUCUUGUACUUUCUAACCUAUCUACUGCUGUCUCUGUCCUUGCGCUGGUGACAUCAUUCUGUUUUAUUGACUGCCCUCCAGUGCAAGUCCCUGGUCCUGCGUCUAGGUGGUGCUGGUGACUGGGUUCACAUGAGCCCACUAGUGGCUUUGUCUGCUGUUCUCGCAGGGCUGCUUCUCCACACUGCCUUUCUGACCACCAUGGCUGUCUCUGGGCCCUACAGACACAGGAAAUCUAACAGCUCAGUGCUUGUUGGCCACAGUAUGAAUGUAACAAUGUCAACCGCAAAAGCGGACUCAUCAAACGGGUGAUUGUUUUUUAUUACUUCAGCCAGCAUAACAUCUGGUGCAAACACUGAGCAACAAACCCAGCAGUUAUCAGUGGUAUUAACUAUACAUGUUAAAUUGUUUCAAUUUUUUAAAAUGAAAGUUAAAUGGGGCAGACAAAACAACGUAUUUUACAAUAAGUUAACAGGUAAAAAUGGGAAACGAGUGAACUGAGUGGCCACAAAACAUGAUAUGGCACAAAACUCAACCAGACUACAGGUACGGUAGAACAGCCAUGUUGGAGGGUAUGAAAGAGGAAACAAAACACACUGAUUACACUCCCCAACUGCUAAACUCAAGAUGGAGAGGAAAUAAAGAAGGGGAAGAGUGUUUACAGCUACGUAUCAUACACAGCCCACUGAGGGAGGGGACACACACCAAAUCAAGCGUGGCGUUGGAGAAAGGUGGCAUAUGGAUUUACGUUAUCACAGUGAACACAUGCAUAUGUGUCCGUAGAGCCAUAGUCCACGCACCUGUGUAACAUUGACCUACAUCGGUCAGCGAGCAAGCCUGUGAACACUCCUUCAAUAGAGGAAGUACAAAGAAGUACAAAAGUAAA